AUGGUGUUGUAUAAACGUAAGCAAGUUACGUUUCUGAAACCUCCUCCAGUACCGCAGGACUUGAACCAAGAAGUCUUUUACAUCCCAGAAACAAAAGAAUGGUUUAUCAACUAUGAAGAUUAUCUAAAUCGACUCGACUAUUAUCGCAGACGUAAAUUUGUCUGUGAAAUAACCGGAAACUCUUGCUUGACAUUUUAUGAAGCAUCCCAAAGUGAAAUUAAAGAAAUCAAGGGGGUUGAGAAAAAUUUUCCUGAAGCUUUAAGAGAACAUAUCUUAAGAUUCUUACAAUUUAAUAGAAUUACUAGACUAGAUCAAUUGGUUGAUAAAGUUUAUUCUGUAUUUAAGAAUGACUACUUCCCUGGUGAAACUAUCUUUAUUAGGGGUCCAAAUUUUACAAAUUCAUCACCUCCUUCUUCUUAUGAACCUUCGUCUCCUCCUCCCAUUGAUUCUUCCGAAGAUUUACCAACAUCAUCUACGUCUUUAAGACUGAAGGGGGUGAUUCGUGAAAAAGUUCAAUAUAGUAAUCCUUCCGAUGGUUUAACCACGAGAUAUUUGGUGGCUCGUUUACAAGAUGGUCAACAAGCAAUUGUAACAAAAGAUAAUAUCUCAAGAGAUCGUAAUCAUUUCACCAAAUGGUUAAUUAAAACUUUCAUUAAGUUGACCAUGUCAAGAUCUCAUAAAGUUGGUGCUCCUUGGGUCGUAAAAGAUAAAUUUGCCAAAAAAUAUAGGAUUCCUCAAGAAUAUCCUGAUGACUUAAAACAUUUCGAAAGUUCUACUCCUAAUGGUGAAAUUAUUUAUGAUGAUAAUUCAAAACCUAAAAAGACAACUAUCCCAACAUUUAAACCAAUUGCUCCAAGUGUUAAAUCUCAAAGUCCAAAUCAAUCUAUCUCUCCCUUACCUCCAAUUCAAACGAAAAGAGAAGACCCAAGGAAAAAAUUCCCCUUACAUCAUUUACCAGAAGCAGUUCAAAAUGAACUUCAUCAUGCAGAAUUAAUGGCAGAACAUUCAAAUCUUUCUUCCUUAUCAGUUACAAUUUCUUCAUUUCAACCAACAAAGAAAAAUAUCGUCGAUGAUUUAGAAUUAGAAUUCGAUUUACAAAAUUCAAAACCUUUACCUUCUAAAAUUAAACUUCCUGAAAAUGCUAAAAUUUGGAAUAAUCAUUUAAUUGAAGACUUCAAGGAAAAAUUAAAUUCAUCACAGGAAAAUCAAGAUUCUGAAGAAUCUAAAGAUGAAAUAAAUUCAAAAAUUGAGUUUAUUAAUUCAGAAAUAAUUCGUUUAUCAAAUCCUAAUUUACCCGCUCUUCAAGAAGCUUUAGAAUCUUGGACUUUUUUAAAUAUCUAUCAUUCAGUUUUGAAAUUAGAUACUUUUACCUUUGAUGAUUUUAUAUAUGCCAUGGGUUGGAAUCAUGACCAAUUUGAUGAAAUUGGUCGUUGUGAAUUAUUAGAUGAAAUUUGGUGUUCUGUAUUAGGUGCUAUAGUUUCUAAUAAAUUACCAACAGGAAAAGAUAAACUUGAUGACGAUGAAAUCUUUGGUUUGUUGAUUGAUUUGCCCGCAGAAGAUUCUUUUAUAAAUCCUCCAAUUUCGGAUAAAAGCGAAGAUCCUACUCAAGAUAAUGAUUCAAAUAAUAAUGAUCGUGGUUCAGAAAGUGAAAAUGAAGAUAAAACUUUGAAAAGUGACGAUGAUGUUGAUUCGGGUAAUGAAUCAAAUUCAGAUAAUGAAUCAAAACCGAAAUCGAAAAAGAAGAAUGUUUCGAAUAAAAAUCAAAAAAAUAAUGAAUCUGAUAAUGAUGCAGAUGAAAAUGAAGAAGAAGACGAUGAAGAGGAAGAUCAAGAUGUUGAAAUGGUAAAUUCUGAUUCGGAUGAUGAUAAGGAUAGAGAUGAUGAACGUGAACAUAAUGCUUAUAUUGUCAUGAAUCACCGUGGUACUCCAUGGCACGAAAGGUUACGUAGAAGAAAUUUUAAAGAUGGUAAUUGGCAAUGUAUUGCUUUAGGAGUAUUAUCGUUGGUUGAAUACGUUCCUCAUUAUAAACCAAUAAUUGAUAAAAUUUAUAAAAAUUUGGCACCAAAAGAUGAAUCUCCAACCCCAACAAAUGUAUUAAAUAAUUUUUAUUCAUCACUUGAUAUUGAGUAUAAAUUAAAAUUUUUAAACAUUUUAACUAGUUUGUUGGCUUCAGGAGAUCAUGUUCGAGAUUACAUUGAUGAUUGCUUAGAUAUGUCAACCAGUUUAAGAAGAAACAGAUUAGAUAAUAUCAGAGAUUACAAGACUAAUUUAGAUUCAGCUCAAAAAUAUCAUCAACAAAUUCAUGAAAUGCUUUCAAAAGAUAUUCUUGCCAAUGGCUUACCCAAUAUCUCUAAUGAUGAAAGUUAUACUCCUUAUGACCCAAAAAAGAAACCAAGACUUAAUUUCAAUGCUUUUGAAAUGAUUCAUGAAGAAAAAUCAUUAGCAGACAGAGAUUCAUCUUUCAAAGAACUUUGGGAAAAUAGAAAAAAUUGUUUAAUUCAAAUUCAAGAAUUAAAGAAAUCAAAACGAGAAAUAGAACUGAAAUUAACUGAAAUUGAUUGUCAAAGAGUCAAGUUAUUGGGUAAGGAUCGUUUAUUCAAUAGAUAUUGGUGGUUUGAAAAUAAUGGUUUGCCUAAUUUACAUGCUAGUUCAAAUGGUGAAGAAAAUGAAGAUGAAGACAGUGACAAACCAAAGAAAAUUUUGGAUGAAGACGAUGACGAUGAUAGUGAUGAAGUUUUAGAAGAAACUUAUUUAAUGGGAAGACUUUGGAUUCAAGGUCCAAGUGAAAAAGAUCUUCAAAUAAACCUCAAUACUUCGCAUGAGGAAGCUUCCAGGUUUGAUGAAGAAAUCCAAAGACUAAGACAAGAACAUGAUCAAGAAGAAGUUGACAUAGAAGAACAAACCACUAUUGCAGAAAAUUAUAAUGAUGAUGGCGAGUUAAUCAUUGAUGAAAGUAAAUUUGUUGAUUUGAAAGAUGGGAAACCUCCAUUGAAAAAAAUGAAUUUCAGCAAGUUUUCUAAUUCAUACAAAGAGGCCGCCAAGAAGUUAUAUUAUCUUGAAUAUAAAGACGAUUCAAUUGAUAAUUCACCUAAUACCAUCAUUGGGAAUUUAGGAUUAUUAAACCAUACAUUACCGGUAACGGCAUUGCCUAUAAUGCAAAGAAAACUAAUUGAAGAGCAAGAUGAUCCAACAUUUAAUGGUAAAUACUGGAGAUAUUAUGACAGACCCGAGCAAUUGAAUAAACUCGUUCAAUGGUUAAAUCCAUGGGGUAAAAGGGAGUCACAAUUACGUAAAGAGCUUGCCGCCGUUAAAGAUGCUAUAGUAUUUAGUAUGGAAGCUAGGAGGAAAGCGCUUUGGAUUGAUAGAACCCCUGAAGCUGAAGUAAAACUCGAAGAACAAUUGAGUCAACUUAGUACUCGACUUGAACAUUUGGAAAACCAAGGAGAAGAAGAAGAAGAAGUAGAGGAAUAUAGUGAAGAUGAUAAUGUGACUAGAAAACGCAAUUUAAGAAGCAAACCGGGACAGCGUAAACGUCAAAAGACCAUAAGUAUUGAGGAGACGCUAACCGGUGGGAGCAUAGAAGAAUUGAAAGAGCUACAAGGAAAAUUACAAGAGGAAUUAAAGGAAAAGAAAGAAGAACGAGAAUUAUCACGAGUUCUUGAAUGGGUUAACUCUAGUGCCAUUGAUCAAUUUGACAAGUCAUUAUACGAAGGAGGAGAUCGUAAAUUGAAGGGGAAACCAAAGAAGAAUAAAAAAUAA